AGAGAGAUUCUAUAGAACUCACCCGUCCAAGUAGGUAGCACAUUUUCUGUUUGAAUAGUUUGCAAUCCUAACAUUAAAAUUAUUGGGAAUCUCUCUCCGUUUUCAAUAGCUCUACAACAACUCUAUUUCACAUUAUAAAUGAAGACGGUUUGUCUUUGGUUAUAGGCUUAGUCCACGCAUGCUUGAAUUUGUGAGUUGUAUAUGCUGUUGAUGCAAGCACAUCAAUAUUUAUAAUUUUUUCUCGUAUGUUCGUGCGGGAGUUUGUUCCAUGUCAUAUUUUGGCGGCUUGAAUUCUACUCAUCCAUCAUCAUUGUAAAAAAGUCAGCUCUCACAUGGAAAGAAAAAAAAAUUGUUGCAUUAUAUUUCUACUUAAAUGAAGGAGGCAAGAGAACGUGAGAAUCACUAGUAAGAUGGUGGUGAAGAUGCUCUGCACGUCCUAACCUACCCACGAGUCUUUUUCUUCUUUUUAAGUGUUCGUCAAGUCCACCACUUCCACCUCUCAAUCUGCAUCUUUCACCAUGGCGCUUCCAGCUUCAGAUGCAAUCAUUUCUACCACCAAAUACAGCUCCCGGGAAGCAUAUGGCGGCGUUUACGACGGAGUUGAAGUUGAUGUUUAUAUGACUGCUCAACAUCCCGCCUCAAAAGAAAGUGCCGGAGAGGUAGCAGUGGACAAGUUCUACAACCAAGUUGAAGUAUACACCGAUAUUCAUCCCGACUUUCCCUACGACUUUGAAUUCUUGCCGGUCGAAAAACCUAAACUUUCUGUCGAAAGGGAAAGCCUGCAAAAGGAAAAGCAGAUUUCAGUGGAUCCUAUAUCGUUGAAGGGGUCAUCAAUGAAGAAGAAGCCAAGCUUUAAUCUCAUGUUGCUUCUGCCGCAUCUUCUACCACCUGCAAAACCCAAGUUCUUAAGUUUCAGCCUCCCAAACUCAGCCAAUUCGUCUCCUCGAUUUAGCUCAACUCUGUUGAAGAAGAAACCAAAGAAUGAAAGCAAAGCCAAUCCUCCCAAACCCAGUAAUCUUGGCCGCCAGCAUUCUGUGGCGGAUCAUGAACAUCUCGCCAGGAAACCAGAGGUUUACUUACAAAGGAGCAAAUCAUGCGGCGAAGGAAGAGCACGUGCAUCAACAGAUGAUUUGGACCUUUGGCUGACUGCACCAAAUGUUUCUGAAUAUGACAACAGGUACUACAACGACAACUUUUCCGACACUGAAGGCAACAAAGACAAUCAUAAGAAAACGAGGAGCAAGGAUGCUGUUGAUCACGAGGAGUUUAAAUGCGGUGCCCUCUGCCUGUUCCUGCCAGGCUUUGGCAAGGGCAAGUCUGUGAGAGAAAGAAAGGAAGAAAUAGAGAGUCAUGAAAAGGAGAUGUCCAGGACAGUUUCCUUGGAAAAAUUCGAAUGCGGUUCAUGGGCUUCAUCAGCCGUAACACACGACACUGAAGACGACUCAAAGAAUCUCUACUUUGAUCUGCCAUUGGAGUUGAUCCGAGCAAAUGUCAAUGAUGCACACUCACCAGUUAGAGCUGCUUUCUUCUUUGAUAAUGAUCAAAAAGGGAUUCUGAAGAAAAGCUCCACAAAAGCUACAGCCAAAAAAUGUGAUGAAUCGCCUCGCCAUGUUCGUUUUUCUACAUCAUCCCCUGUAUCAUACCCAGCCUCGCCAGCUUCUUGCAUUACACCUCGUUUGCGCAAGGCAAGGGAGGACUUCAAUGCCUUCUUAGAAGCACAGGGUGCUUGAAACGCUAUGAUUUUUGUUUUGUAGCUUAGAAAACUGUGAGCGCAUUUGUGAGGUUCGUGUCCCACAUUGCUAAGAUGUAAGAAGAAUGAGCGGUUUAUAUAGUAUAGUUGAGCCCAAACCCAUAGUUUAACCUUUUGAGUUAAGUGGCGUCUUAACGUGCUAUAUUAUGAGCUCACUAAAUGACUUCCUUAAGUGUUUCUCUCCCUAACAACAAGAUUAGCGAAUUUUGGAGGCCCUCUUUUCUUUUGGAUAGCACAUGAUUGCCAAAAGUGAAUAAUAGCAUGAGAGCCCCUGAGUUUCUUUUUUUAUUUUUUAAAUGCUUUUUUAUUUUUGUAUUUUUGGUGUCUAAAUAUCAAUCUUAUGGAGAUUAAUACUUUAGGAAGUAUUUAAGUAAGACAAGGCC